UUGGGCAUGUACUUGUUUGAAACUUUGACACUGUGUGGACCAGAUAGAUGAUCACGGUCAGAUACAGAAUCCAGGAGAGAGAGAGGGGGCAAAUAUCUCAAUAAGACAUGCACUGAGACCUUAAUGGGACUCCACUGGCACAAAUCUGAACCACCAACAGACAACACUCAUGGAGAGAAAUGCAACUUCCACCCUGUUCCCCUUCAAUCUCAGCCACAGCAACAAUACCUGCUCCCGUGACAACGCUUUGAAGACGGUGGUGUUUCCUGUUCUCUACUCCUUUCUCUUUCUGUUGGGGCUGUCACUCAAUGGUGUUGCUGUGUGGGUGUUCUUUCGCAUCCCCUCGAAGUCUCACUUCAUUAUAUACCUGAAGAAUAUUGUGGUUGCGGAUGUCAUCAUGACCUUCACAUUCCCAUUUAAGGUGUUAUCAGACUCCAACAUUGCCUCCACUGGGCUGCGGAUAUUUGUAUGCCGAGUUUCCUCAGUGCUCUUCUACCUGACCAUGUAUAUCAGUAUCCUCUUCUUCGGCCUCAUAAGCAUCGAUCGCUGCAGAAAGACCCUCAAGCCCUUCAGGGGGACUAAUGCAGCCCGUCUGGCCCGUCGCAAACUCCUCUCAGGGGCCAUCUGGACCUUUCUGCUGGUUCUCUGUCUGCCUAAUGUGAUCCUUACACGGAAGACCCCGACUUCUCCAUAUUUCAAGUGCAGUGAGCUGAAGACCAAGGCCGGGCUGUACUGGCAUGAGGUGGUAAAUCAUGUCUGUCAAGUUAUUUUCUGGGGCAACCUGGUGACUGUAAUAGUAUGCUACACUCUAAUCACCAAAGAGCUGUAUAGAUCCUACUCCCGCUCUAAAUCUCACAGUCCCGGAGGUACCAUAUGUCGAGCAAGUGGGGCAACAGCUCGGAAGCCCAGGCAGGCCAAAAGGAAAAUGAGUGCCAAUGUGUUCCUGGUCCUGGCAGUGUUCUUUGUGUGCUUUGUACCGUUUCACUUUGCCCGUGUGCCUUACACCAUGAGCCAGACCAGACAGGUUCUCUUUGACUGUAAACUCAAACUCUUCUUCUUUCAGCUGAAGGAAAGCACGCUCUUCCUCUCAUCCUUAAACUCUCUGCUGGACCCUCUCAUCUACUUCUUCCUCUGUAAUUCCUUCAGGACCACGUUGUUCAAGACCCUGCGGCUUCCUUCUGGUACCUGCAACUGGCUAAAAAGCCAGGGGUCAGACACAGACACAGGCGGUACCCCGCUGAGAGACUCCUCUGUCUGUGCAUAAAACCACUGGACAAGACAAAGACUUCCAUAAUGUGAAAUGUGAUCUGUUUUCUGUCAUUUGCUGUAAUUAAUAUGCUGACUCGGACUGCAGUUUACAGGAAAUGUGUAUGCCACAGCACGUGUUGCUUGUAAGAGGAGUUUAACAUGAAUACAUACAGCAUCUUGCUGAUGUUGCUUGCUUACUGUACUUACUUGUGGCAAACCUGUAGAGCUGACACUGGCAUGUAUUGCCUUUCUGUUCUCCAUUCCCAUCGCAUAUGUGUGAAGUUACUCUCUCUGUUUCGAUACCCACUUAAUCUUUCAAAUAAGAAAUGUGAUGGAUACACUAACUGAAAAUAAAUCUUGUUUUAACAGAGAGAUAAAUUAUUCUUUUUUAUCUGUCUAAGUCAGUAAGUAUCUAUAGCAUGUAAGUUAUUCAUAAAUUUCUUUUUAUCAUAUUUUUCAGUGCUUAAGACAACAGAAGCCUGUCAGUUUAAAGCUUGUAUAUUAUACACUUCAUGAAAUUGUUGGUUGUCAGUUUGUACAGCAGAAAAUGACUUAUCUAAAAGCUUCCAAGGAAUACUUAAUGACACAAAAUAAAACUGACUUUAUAAGGACAGCAAAGCAUGCUGGCACUAGUAGAAAUAAAACAACCUGGAUCUGAUGUUCCGGUAUUACUUCAGAGCAGCCUGAAAACACACGGCUUACCACAAACUAUAUUAUCUGAGUCAUUUUCCCCACUCACAGCAGCUUCAUUACUCUUUUGGGAUUUGCAUCUCUUAUAGGAUGACAUACGUUGGUAAAUCAUCCUGUGAAGGAGUCAGUCCUCCAGGCUGCAAACUGUCGAGUUAAGGCAGAAAGGCAUUGUUGGUGAGUGACUCGAUAUUAUGUUUUGGUUCACAACAUUUUGGAAGAAAAAUGUUUUUCAGAAUAGGUUGAAAUUUAGGCUGAACAUGAAAUAGCUUGAGAACAUCUUAGCUUUGUUUAAGGGUUAGGGUUAUAAGUUUUCUCAAAGUAAAAUGGUUUAAAGCACACACAAGCAAACUAUCAUCUUGCUAUAGAAGAUGAGAGAUAUCUUAAAGUUACCCAAUUGGAUGAUGUUAGAGAUAAAAUAUAUUACAUUGUUAUAAAAAAGGUGUUG